UAAAGAAGCAUUAAAUCAGUUCUUUUGCGAAAUAAAUAAUCCGAAGUUGACUUUUAUAUUUGGUACUGUAAAUAAAUUAAAUAAAGCAAAAAGUGAGAGUGCUAUCUCUAAUGAAAAGUGUAUUAUAAGAUGUAAGAAUACUUUCGAUGGAUCUCGUUAUAGACAAAAGCGCGUGUACAUAAAGAUAAAAACUCAAGAGCUUCCCUAAAGUUAGAUCUACAAGACAGAUUGCCAAAUUGCUUUUGUGUGAACGAGUAUAAAUGCUCAGAAUCACCGGAAUUUUUAAUCAUUUGCAUUCCGACCAUGCGAAAAAUUUGCCAAGUGUUAAGAUAGUAAAUUAAAAAAAAUCAUUUGGAAUGAUUCUGUGGAGUGAUGUUGUGUUUCUGGUUGGAGGAUUUGUUAUUCUCGUUUAUUUCUUCUUCAAGCGCAAGUACUCCUACUGGGCGGAACUUGGAGUACCUUAUGCUAAACCAAGUAUCCCUUGGGGAAAUAUCGGUCAAGUGGGAUCGAAGUUGCAUUCAACGGAAUUGUUCCAGGAGUUUUACAAAAGAUUCAAGGGGAAAGCCCCCUUCAUGGGAUUCUAUGUUACAAUAGCCCCGCAAGUUCUUGUUAUGGAUUUGGAUCUUAUCCAGAGAAUUCUAAUAAAGGAUUUCCAUAACUUUCAUGAUCGGGCCCGGUACUACAACCUCGAGGAUGAUCCUAUAUCGGGUACUCUUUUCAAUAUUGACGGUGAGAUGUGGAGAACCCUAAGAGCUAAGAUCUCACCUACAUUUACCAGUGGCAGAAUGAAGAUGAUGCUUCCGACAGUAAUUGAUGUUGCUCAAAAUUUCCAUAAAACUUUAUUUGAAAGAAUAGGCGAUAAGGCAGAAAUUGAAAUUAAAGAUUAUCUAUCGCGAUUCAGUACUGAUGUUAUAGGUUCUUGUGCAUUUGGACUUGAUUGCAAUAGCCUCAAGGAUCCUAAUGCGAAAUUUCGUAUCUACGGUGAUAAAAAUUUCACUGUAAAUUGGUGGAGGAAUAUAAAGAUAAGCUUCGCGGAAUCUCACAAGGAACUGGCUCGUAAGUUGCAUAUUACAACAAUUGAUAAGGACGUGUCGGAUUUCUACCGGGGUGUUGUAUUUGAUACGGUUAAGUAUCGAGAAGAAAAUAAGGUUCAACGGAAUGACUUCUUGAACUUAUUAAUGCAGAUCAAAGAUCGCGGAAACCUAGAUGGCGAUAUUAUCAACAAUGAAGGCAAAUUAACUUUAGAAGAGAUUGCUGCCUUAUCUUUUGCCUUUUUCCUGGCGGGAUACGAAACAAGUUCAACUACCAUGACAUUUGCCUUGUACGAAAUGGCAAAGAAUCCGGAAAUUCAAGAAAAAGCCCGAAGGAAUGUCGUUGAAACUCUGGCUAAAUAUAAUGGAGAAAUAACUUAUGAAGCAGCCAUGGAAAUGACUUAUCUCGACCAGGUUAUCAAUGAUAAAUAUUGAGAAGAUUAUGUAUAAAAACAGAAUUUUAAUAUGAAUGUAAAUAUUUCAGAGACAA